UUAUUUAAGCGCAUUUAUUUACGAAUAGUUUUUCUCUGCAAAAACCCUAAUUUAUUUCCCUACUUACAAUUACAAAUCCUCGGAAAUUCGUUGCCGCCUUGUUUCGCUAUUGUUAUUUUUCCGUUACCGCAGAAAAAUUUCAAAAUUUCUGUUAGUUUUGGAAAUUUGGGGCUAAAAUGUCUGCAUCAUUUGAACCGACGCCGCCGGCGAUGGCAAAUCGGGAGCCGUUCAGCAUGAGCUCACCGCCGUCGAUGGCCAAUCGGGAGCAAUUUAGCAUGAGCUCACCACCGUCGCUGGUGAUGAACCCGGCGACUUCGCAGCCGCAGCUGGACCAGCAAAUGCACAUGUCCUUUAUGAACUCCGACGGCGGCGCAUUCAGGCAAGUGGUAGGCUCUUCGCCACCGCCGUUUCAGCCUAUUCCCGCUGGUGCCGCUUUGAUAAGUCAAUCCUCCACCGAACAGAAGAGGAAGAGGGGCCGGCCAAGGAAGUACGGUCCCGAUGGCAGCAUGAGCGCUCCAUUGGGUUCGCCUAAUGCUGUUAUGCCGCAGCACGAGCAGCAGCUGAAUUUCUCAUCUCCAGCGGUUGCUCCUCAAUCUACAGAGGGCGUUCCUCCGGGGAUGGACGGUGCUGGCUCGCCCACGGCCAAGAAGUCCAGAGGCAGGCCCCGUGGUUCGAGGAAUAAAGUAAAGCAGCACGGCCAAGUUUUAGGUUCAACCGGUAUCAGUUUCGUACCACAUGUUCUCAAUGUGACUGCUGGAGAGGACAUCGCUUCGAAGAUAAUGGCAAUAUGCCAGAAUGGACCAAGGGGAGUUUGUGUUCUCUCUGCCAACGGGACUGUAUCUAUGGUAACACUUGUUCAGCAAACAUCAUCUGGUGGAACUGCCACCUUUGAGGGUCGGUUUGAAAUUUUAUCCCUCUCUGGAUCAUUCAUACUGACUGAAGUUGCCGGUCAGAAAAGCAGAACCGGUGGGUUGAGUGUUACUUUAGCUCAUCCUGACGGAAGCAUUAUGGGUGGGUGUGUCGCCGGUUUACUGGUUGCAGCAUCCCCUGCUCAGAUUAUAGUGGGAAGUUUUAUGCCCGACACUCAGAGGCAAGCCCCGACAAACUACGUGGAGCCUUCAUCAGCUCCAAGACUGAACCAAGGGCAAGUUGGUGCUGGUGGUAGCAGCUCGCCAUCACGAGGGACUCCCAGCGAAUCCUCAGGUGGAGCGGCAAGUCCGCUGAAUUUGAGCUCCGGCGCAUACAAUAUCACACAGGGCAUGUCAGGUAUUCCAUGGAAAUAAGUAGUUGCAAAAUGCUUCUGGAGAUUAUGUGACAUUAGAUUUGGUGUAAUAUUAUUUUCUGAUAGAGACUGAAACAUGGGAUUCCUUAUUUAGUUUUUCGCAAUGCUUUGCAGUAGAGCAGCUAGGUUCUUACCUCUUACCCAACUGAUGAUUCUUGAUUUUCAUUUGUUGCUGUAAAAACGCUUCUUAGUCGGCUCCUAGUUUAAUCUUCUUCUUAAUUUGGUCACAAA